AGAUUUCGUCUGUUUGCAGUAUGGGCGCGCUGUGGUCAAAAUGUUAGGCAUUAGUUGUAAAUAAGAGUUAAGAUUUAGUUUUGAAUUCGAAAAGCUGAAAUGCAGUUAUAUUAUGGUUAGUUUAAAUCAUUUGUUUUUCCCAAUGGUAAAGUGUUACGAUUUAAUUCCGAAAGUUUUCUUUCAUGAUAUGACAUUUCAAGGCUUGGCUGGUACCAGAUUCACAUAUUUCAAUGAAGAUGAAAACGUGACACCUUCACCACGACUACUUCAUGUAGCAGCUCUUCAAGGGAGUGUUAAAUUAUUAAAAAUAGUUCUAGAUGCCGGAAUACCAGUGGACGUUAGAGAUGAAGAAGGAACAACAGCCUUAAUUUUAGCCUGCAGAUACAAUAAUUAUAAGUGUGCCAAAAUUCUUUUGAAGCAAGGAGCUGAUCCUAUGGCUCAAAGACUAACUGGAACGAGUAGUCUAUGUUAUGCUGCUCAGGGAGGUUAUUUGAAAAUUGUCAAGUUAUUAAUAAAAUAUGGAGCAGAUAUUGAAGCAUGUGGAAUGGAUGGUGGCACUCCUUUUCUAAUAGCAUGUCAAUGUAAUCAUUUAGAUGUUGUUCAAGAGCUUAUAUCACAUGGUGCAGAUUUUGAGAAAAAAAUGAUUGAUAAUGCUACUCCAUUGUAUAUAGCUUCACAGAAUGGACAUUUGAAAAUCAUUUCUUAUUUAGCUUCCUGUGGAGCAGAUAUUAAUGCCAGAAGGGUGGAUGGUUCCUCUGCAUUAUGUGUUGCAUGUCAAAUGGGACAUACAGCUGUAGUUGAAGAACUAAUCAAUUGUGGUGCUGAUGUAAAUUCAGCUAGACAAGAUGGAUGUACACCUCUUUUUAAAGCAGCUCAUAAAGGUUUUGCAGGCAUUGUUAAAUUAUUAAUUUCUAAAGGAGCAUAUCAAGGUCUUCUGAAGAAUGGCGAGAGUCCUCUUCAUGCAGCUGCUUUCUAUGGUCAUAUUAAUGUAGUCAAAAUUUUAAUAGAAUCUGGAUCUGAUCCUUUCCUUAAAAAUAAGACUGGUCAUACAGCAUUGCAAAAAUCUCAAGAAGGAGGACAUAUUAUAAUUUAUCAGUAUUUAUUAAGAAUUGAGAAUGAGAAAAAUUCAACUGCAGCCAGAUCUUCCUGACAAGCUGUUAAAAUAAGCAUAUAGUUUUAUUUAAAUUUCUGUUUCAUGUUGUUUUAAGCAUUUUUUAUAGUAUUAUACUAUGUAUAGUAUUUGUCAAGGUCUUUGUCCAUUCAAAAUCCAAUCCUAAUUAUGUAAAUGAAAGACAUUUUGUAAAAUAAAACUAGUAUAAAAAUGU